UAUAAAACCCACACCCAUCACCAUUAUCUUCAUUAAACCACAUCCCACAGAGAUAAUUACAUAAUAUUUGUAAUAUCUAGUUGUCUAGCUCUGUCACUUGUGAUUUUAUAUUUCAUUGUGUUGUAUACUGCAAUGGAACGAAGCGUGUGCAACUCAUCUUCGCAGCAGGAAGUAGAUGUGAGGAAAGGGCCAUGGACUAUGGAGGAAGAUCUGAUUCUCAUCAACUACAUAGCUAACCAUGGGGAAGGUGUCUGGAACUCACUUGCUCGCUCCGCCGGGCUAAAACGUACGGGAAAGAGCUGCAGACUGAGGUGGCUAAACUACCUGAGGCCGGAUGUAAGGAGGGGUAAUAUUACAGCAGAGGAGCAACUCAUUAUCAUGGAACUCCAUGCUAAGUGGGGGAACCGAUGGUCUAAAAUUGCAAAGCACUUGCCAGGAAGAACCGAUAAUGAGAUAAAGAACUUCUGGAGGACCCGAAUCCAAAAGCAUAUCAAGCAAGCUGAGAAUUGCGCUGCACAAACUUGUAAUUCUACUUCUGAGAAUCACAUGAUCAACUAUAAUGAUCAAGCAAGCACAAGCCAGAUGUCUCCAUCCCCUCCUGAUCAUCACCAAGCAUUUGAUCAGAUGACGUACUCUCCGCCCGCGUAUCCCGGAAACCUAGAAAAUCUGCAGGCUCUCAGCUUUCCCACUGAACAGCCCAACGACAACAUGUGGAGCAUGGAGGAUUAUUGGUCUUUGCAGAUGCUCAAUGCUGAGUAAUCCAUGCACAUUUUUAUCUACUUAAAUAUCAACUAAUAAAUAUAAGUAUACUCAUAUGAUCAUUUAUACGAAUUACUAAUUAUAAUUACUCCUUAAGAUAUGUUAUCUAAUUCAGCUACACUUUGUAUCUUAAUCAGUAUAAAUAAUUGUUCUGAGCAAAUA